CGCCAUAUCUGUUUGUUUGUUUGUUUGUUUAUUUAUUUAUCUAUUCAUGUUGUUUAUUUUGUUCAUUCCAUCUAGAAAUGAGCGUCUGUGGGAAAGAAAAAAGAAAACUGCAUCCCCAUGGUGUCUUUCUUGCUUCCCCAAGAUGAACGCGGCAUCUCUGGACUAUCGAUCAAACAAACCAACAACUCGUAAGAUGCAUCUAGCACGAGCAAGAAGUAAAACAUUCCAAUUCUCAAAUUCCUGUUUUUUUCUCUUCUCUGUUCCAACUCUCCAUCCCCCAUUCCGUCAUAUCCCAUCGUCAUACAUUCUCCUACCCUUCCUUCUUUCUUCGCUAAAGGAAAGUGACAUAUUGCGCAGGCAUGCAUGCAACAACAACACCAUGCACCAUGCACCUGCGCAUCAUCCACACCAUGAGAUUUCCAAGUUAUUUUCCCCUCAUUAUCUGGAAUUGAAAAAGAAAAAAUAACUGAAAACAUGGAUUAAUACAGAGGAAGCAAAGAAAAGAAAAAACGCCGCCGACGACGACAGUGACGCCCCCUUCGCUUCGGGUGUACAUUGGCAUUGCGACGCGCGCCGUCUUCGCUCAAGGCGCACUCUUGUACGUUCCUGGAUGUGAAAAAAUAGGCGAAGACGAGAGACCGUUUGGAAGCUCGCGUGGGAUCCCGAUGCGGUAAUCAGUCUGAGUGAGGAUGACGACCUAUAGAUUGGCAACGGUUCGAUUUGAUUUUGAUGUCGUGAGCACUCCGCUACGUUUCUCUCCUCUUUCCGCUCUUCCUCUCUCUUCAUUUCUUUCUUCUCGCCCGAAGGGAGAGAGAACUUAUGAGCCUUAAAAAAGCAAGGCAAAAAAGCAACGAUUGCCUUUUUGAGAAUACAUAAACGAAUAAACCAAAGACGCGCGGACCUUGUUUUCAAGCAUUGAUGCUGUAUUAGGAGGCUGACUGUAUGUGUUUGGGUACCUUGGUCUUGGGUUUUCUUUGAAGGGGGAACGCUGUUUAUGCGCAUAACUUCCAUCCC